AUGCAGCAGCCCGAUGCCAGUGCGGGCAUUUAUUUACCCAGUUUUACUCUUUUAACUGUAGGCAAGAUAUGCGAUACACCGCUAUCUCUGAAUGACGUUGACACGUUUCCGCCAAACAAAGUAUUUUCUGGUAGUGGUGGCUCUAAAUAUUAUGGAAACGUGAGAUCAAGCAGAGUUGGUUGGUGUGCUUCGGGUUCCACCCCGUAUCUUUUGCUCGACCUUCAAAAAGAAUAUCACUUAACACAUGUUAUGGUUAUAGCUGAUAGAGAACAAACAAAGUGGAGUAACUCAUAUUCAAUGAAAUACAGCCGUGCUGGGACUUUGAUUGAUAGCAGUAGAUCAAUACAGGUAUCUGUAAUAGUAAUCUGUAAAAUUCGAUAUUAUAUGAUGAAAAUUCGAGAGGAAUCAAUAUUUAAUGCGGAGUUAAAAAUUCACAUUUACAGAAUUCUCAUGAUUUGCACAAACAUUUUCCUCGAUUGUUGUAAACCUUGCUUUUCACCAGAUAUAUAUACAACAUUGAAGUGAAAAGUAAGACAUUAAAUUUGUUAGCAACCGCAAACUGCAUGGACACACUCGCACUUUAAAAUAAAUCCAUAAUUUGGUUUGUUUUCCGCGUUGCUACAGUUUGACAGUAUUAACGCAAAGCAACGUUUAAUUUAUAUACGAUAACCGUUUCUUCCGCUAGAUCACAGGAAACCAGAACGGAUACCAGGCAUCCAUUACGCAGCUUGAUAGAGUUUAUAAUGCGAGAUAUAUAAAGAUUCAAUCAACUCGAAAUACGGACUUUUGUCUUAGAAUGGAACUGUGUGGAGAAGGUAGGUUACUAGGUAACUUACACUAGAAAAGUUGUGUGAUAAGUGAAGAUAUCCAUCGACGAAAUUCCUAAGAUAAAAAUACACAAAAAAAUCUCGAAAAAUCCGAAAAAACUAGCAAAACAAAAAAGCACUAAUAAUUGCAGCGAAUUGACACAUCAAACGUUAACGGUCCCAAAUUUUAAAACUUCUGCAUGUCCAAGUCAAGAUACACCAGACAGACAAAAUGACCAGUAGUCCAGUAUAGCAUGUUUAAUUCCUUGCUAUAUAAACUUUGUCGUGUUUUCUAUUUAGCUCAAAUGCCAGCUGCUGUACAAGACAUUAAAAUUCAACCAUCAUAUACCUCGGCAAGUGUGACGUGGAAGCUACAAACCUCCGCUUCAGCCUCUAGUUAUAUAACACACCUCGUCAUAUACCUCAAUGGUACAGAAUACAAGAAUGUAUCUCGAGGAACUCAGACCAAUAUUGAAGGACUUAAUCUGUUUACUUGGUAUGAAGUUGAAAUUGAGACUCGUGAUCGUUCUUUGCAGAAGAGCAUUAAGGUUUUUAAAAGUUUUAAGACCAGGGUAACAGGUAAACGUAGCUGCAUGUAUGUGUAUACCGUAAUCAAUUACUGAAAAUCUUUUUCAAAACCCUUACUAUAUGGAAAUAGGAUAAAAGUCCAAUUUUUUGCAAAUAUACUGUAGAAUAGAAAUCCAAUUUUCAUACUAAUUACAAUUUCCAUACUAUGGAAAUAGUAUGGAGAUAAUACGAAUUUAAUGAUGUAACUGCAAAUUCUGUGGUAUGGAUUUCACUAUUUUUUUCCAGUGAUAAUACAUACAUUAAACCUCUCUUCGAAAUACGUUUUCCUCAUUAAGGAGAUACACGUAACCGAUAUCUAUCUUUUGAUGUUUUAUCUUUUACACCACAAAAUAUGUUCAGAAAUAAGAGAGGUCACGAAGUUUGUUUUGUCAAUGUACGUUAGGUUUGUAAUAUUACAAGCAAUUCUCUCAACCAUUAUGUCCAAAAUUGUAGCUGGAUUGGGAACAGAAGAUUUAUACUCUGCUGCUAACUCUGUUUCAGGUACAGUGACCAACUACGGCACCACAAUGUCAAAUGUUCGCUGUUCUCCAGCACAUAUUGUAAUCAAGAGGGCUGUUUAUGGAGAUUUCAAUCAGAAAGGCGUGUCUGCUGGCACUGCAAGAAUCGAUCCGAAAUGCAAUGUAUUAACGAACUGCCAGGUGAAAUCACGUUGUGAUGGGAAGAAAUUCUGUAAAUUGGCCGUCAACCAAAAUUUAUUACCAUCGCAGUAUUGUUCGAGUACUCGAAAAAAAAUUUACACCGAGUACGCAUGUGUUGAUACCUAUCAUUCAACCACCAUAACAGGUAAACUGGAUAUUCUGAAAUGUAUAAAUAGCAUUUAAAGAAAUGCUAUUUAACAGGGUGCAUGCUAGACUAGUAAUAUCAUCCGCCGUAUAACAUUACAUCUGCACGUCUUUGCCUUUGUUGGCCGAUUACUUUACAAAAGGCGUUACAGUUAAGUGUCAAGUUACAUAUUUGGUGACUAAUAAUAGUAGACAAACAUAUUUUGUCUACCAUUAUUGGUAUUAAGCUUUGAUCACUGACAAGGCCAUUGUAUCAAGCACUCUACAAAUCUAAGGGACAACCAAUAAUAAUAAAAAGGCUGUUAUUUAAAACACUUAAACAAUGUCCAACACUGUCGAUCUAUUGAACAAUGGGUGAUACUGGUUGAAACCUUUGAUGUUGGUUUCACAAUCGGCACACAUUAAUUAAGACGUAAGAUGACCUAGUUCACCUGAACAGAGCAUGCGUAUGUUGUCAUGCUGAUGUACUGAUAUUAAUGAGGCUAAAAACAUAGAGAUUAUAAACAACACUAGAAGGGGCAUCGAGAGUGAUAUUGGGGAACGUGGUAAUGGGGGGGGGGGGGAAUUGAAAUCCCGGAUGAACACUACACCAUUCUUGGGUUACGCUUGAAACCAGAAAAAUUUUAAACAAGAGUCACAAAACUGGGUGUUUUAUAUGUUUUGCAUGUCAUUACAACAAAUAUUCCUCCCAAAUUUUGAAUUCAAACGAUUAAUUCCCCAAAGAUCAAAAUUGCUGCAGCUCUAAAAAUGUGUUAUGGACAAAAUGGAGGUAAAAAUGUUUGGUAAAAAUCAAAACGGGACUACUUAACCGCCAUAAACAUGGAUUUAGAGAUUUUGGCUCAAAUUCUUAUUUUAGCAUUUUAAUUUUUUGCCCCCCAAUAGCCGCGUUACCUUACUUUGACUGACUUAAGAUUACGAUGCCUCCUCUAGUGUAUAAUCUCUGUGGCUGAAAAACCGUAUAUUAAUUCCGAUUUUGGGCUCAUGUGGCGAACAUGCAAUGAUUUUUUAAAACAUCUAAAUAUUUUCCUAUAAUAAAAAUGGGCACAUUUCCUCCUUUGCCUUCUCUAGGAAAGGGCAGGAGGCGUGAUGGAGAGAUGUCUCCUUCCCCCCCCCCUCGUUCCGUCGUUCCUGGUUGUUAGCAUCUAUUGCUACGCGGUUUACCACCCAAAAUUGGAAUGGUCAAGGUAUGGACGCAUGGCAGGACUAGAAAGGGUAUUGUAACAGUUUGUCUAAAGAAUAAAUCUACUCUUUCAUUCAAAAUUUCAGAACCUAAGAUAAGAUUAACAAUUUCAUACCGAGGUUAUCUUCAAAUAAAGGAAGGCUCUACGUGGAUAUACGUUAAUGAAGAAAAUUGGGAUGCAAAGCGAGAAAAAAUGCUGUGUCAACACUUGGGAUUCAAAGAAACGGACGCGAAGGAUCCUCAAACUUUUUCGUUUGGGUCAGGCCGGUAUAAGAUUUCAAUUGGGGACUUGAUAUGUUAUAACACACAGCCAAGUGGAUAUCCUGUUGUGUCCAUCUUAUUCCUUCUAUACCUUCCUCAAAUGUACCAAUCCCAUACGCGAGAUGUGAGUAUGAUAUAAGUAUAACCAUUGUAAAAUAAUUAUUUUAUUAUAACAGUCAUAAAAUCAGCGCAAAUUGAUUAUGGUGUAUACCUGAAUAUAAAUAUAAUUAUAAGUCUUGUUAGAUUUAUGUAAUAAGUGUAGGAAAUUACACAGUCGAGAAAUAUGUUCAUGAAAAAUCGCACACCAUAAUAAACUAUAUUAAUCACGUUCAUGCAUCCAAACAUACAAAUAACUUAACAUAAUUUCUUAUCCUACCAUGACAGUACUUUAAAUAUGAUUGUACCUACUUGGUCUAAACAUAGCCAGAUACAUGCAUGAUGGAUUUCUCUCUCGUCACAACUAAUUUUCGAUUGCAUUGCACAGAUUUAUAUAAGACUUAUAAGUAAUAACCCGAUGCCGGUAGGGCGUACAUUUUCUUUCUCUAUUUUCACUGUAGGCAAAAUAUGUGAUGAUGAACCUUUACUCGAAGGCAUACAUCACACCUUUCCAAACAAAGUAUUUUCUGGCAGUGGUGGUUCUAAUUAUUACGGCAAUGCAAGGAUUACUGGAAGUGGCUGGUGUCCUUCGAGGUCUGGCUCAUAUCUUUCACUUGAUCUUCAAAAAGAAUAUCACAUAACACGGGUUGUGGUUAUGGGUGACAGAUAUCAGACAAAACGGAGUGAGUCAUAUUCAAUGAGAUACAGUCACAAUAAAACUUUGGUGAAUACGAAUCUUGCAAUACAGGUAUAUUUUUUAUCAAAAUAACAAAAUGGUAAUUAUGAUUGUAACAAAAACUUUGCUGAAAAAAAUGUAUAGGCAGCCAUGCAGUGCUGUAAGUAACUUCGUUACAAGUAACGAAAUUCCAAGUGAUUCUCGUUACUUUUUAGGUCACUGUAACGCUAACUAGUUGCGUUUUGAAAAGAGGUAACUGUAACUAUAACUAGUUACAUUUUGACUUAAAUGGAACGAUAACGCGUUUACUUACUUUUCUGACCAACGUUUACGUUUUAUUCGUUACAUUUUCACGUUAAAAUAUGGUACUUGCUAUUUUGUUUAUACUAUCAACUUCAAUUUUCUUAAUUAAUGUACACGAUAAACCAAUUGACUGUACAAUAAUUUGCAAUAACUCCUCUCCCAUUUGCCGGCUUGCAGUUGGCCGUUAUCUUAUAAAAGUAAAAACUAACCAUGAACUUCCAGGUCAGUUAGCAGAUUUACUAAACGGGUAUAUGUGUUUCUUUCUUGUCAAGGGAGGGGGGCGAGGGAGGGAAGAGGAGAGGUUAAUAGCUUAGUUAAUAGCAAGUGGAGCUGAAUGAGUUUCUCCACCACAAUUGCGCAGAAAAAUGGCCAUUACGCCAAUUUUCAUUGCAUUAGUCAUUCACAAGAAUAUAUUCCCGCGCUUUUUUGUUUUUCUUUGUUUCGACUUAUUUAUGGCGACAAAAUACUCAAAUUGUAAGUUUAAAUAGUCCUUAAUUGUCCUUAAGUUCAUACUAUCUUUCAGAUAACAGGAAACCAGAAUGGCUACCAAGCAUCGACUACGGACGUGGGUAUUUACAAUGUGAGAUAUAUUAAGAUACAAUCAACUGGAAACACAGACUUUUGUCUCAGAAUAGAACUCUGUGGAGAAG